GCUCAAGUCCGCCAAGUAUCAGCUAGCCGCCUUAGAUUCUAUAGACAAACGCGCUAGGAAGCUUAUUGGAGAUGCGAGAUUGGUAGAGGCUAGACUGCAGAGCCUAGAACACCGUAGAAAGGUAGCCUGUUUAUCGGUAGGUUCUACGCUGCAAGGACGAACACCCUGCCGACGGCGAGCGGUGCGGUGAUAGAAAGCGGCCGUUGACAUCAUGUCAUACAAUUCUUCAGAGCACAGCCCAUUGUACAAGCGGUAGAACACACAAGGAGGCAAAGUGUCUCCUUAGACUUAAAGGCUCAAUACCGCUUGUGAGUUUCUUUUAAGAAUUUGCUAACAUAAACUACCCUUCUUCUUCCUCGCGUUGUCCCGGCAUUUGCCACGGCUCAUGGGAGCCUGGGGUCCGCUUGACAACUAAUCCCAAGAUUUGGCGUAGGCACUAGUUUUUACGAAAGCGACUGCCAUCAGACCUUCCAACCCAGAGGAUAAACUAGGCCUUGUUGGGAUUAGUCCGGUUUCCUCACGAUGUUUUCCUUCACCGAAAAGCGACUGGUAAAUAUCAAAUGAUAUUUCGUACAUAAGUUCCGAAAAACUCAUUGGUACGAGCCGGGGUUUGAACCCGCGACCUCCGGAUUGCAAGUCGCACGCUCUUACCGCUAGGCCACCAGCGCUUCAACUAAUAAACUACCCGAGACCGCAAAAGUUAUAAGUUGAUCACCGCUGGAAGAACUAAUUUAAUGGGAUCGUAAAAAUUCAAUCAGUCUUAAUUAAAAUGGAUUAACUGGAAAUCAUGAGGUUACUCUCAAUUGAUAGUAUGAAGGCGUUAACAUUUGUACUGGUUACAUACAUCUUUUUAAAUCAUGCGGCUGCGUGGAAAAAACCGAAACCUUUUAACUACACAAAAAUGUCUGCGAACUUGGACAACCCAAACUUCAUAAGGGAUCGGUUUAAAAACGAAAUCUACAAGCCAAUCAUGCCGACGAAUUUUCGGGAGCGCUUCAACCAUCCCUACGCGCCAUCUUGGAUGGACUACUGCGACCCCUACCACUGCAAUGACUACCACAGGGUGGCGUGCGGAAUAAACCGGAAAGAGCGCGUAUUCAAAUGGUUUCAGAGCGGCUGCCACAUCAUCCUCAACAACGAGUGCGCCGACUUUAGAGGCAGCCUGAAAUACGACCAAACCGAUACGAAGUUCUGCCAUGCCUUCAUACUGAACGUCCGGCAAGGUUGCCGCGACUGUGAACCCGACGGAAAGUUGGUCUGCGCCGUCAGCUUGGUGGACAACCAUGUUACACUGUUCAGGGACCGAUGCGCGCUGCAGUCUACCAACUGCGAGUCCAACACGUUUGACGAAUACGAAGAAGUGGACAUGGGCCUCUGCGUGUUCUAUUUAAAAGAGAAAGCUCUGAAAAUAAACAUGGGUACAAACUAAGGAAUCUUUUAUUUACAUAUAAAAUAAACAAGUACAACCAUAGUACAAGUCCAAACGUCAUGGCAGUUAAAAUAUAUAACCACCUUAAAAAUGAUAUCAAGGCUCAAAAAAAUUACAAACAAUUUAAUAAAAUGUUGAAAGACUUUCUGAUAAAUAAAUGUUACUACAACUUACAGGACUUUUUUGAUGAUGAUGUUACAGACACCUUCUAAGCAAUUAUAAUUAACUAUACUUAAUGAAAACAAUGACAUUUAUUUACAAACUUACCUAAAUUUAUAACCAAAAACUAAAUCUGUAUUAU